AUGGGCGGUCUCAAUCUAGAAUUUGGCAUGUAUGUCAUGUUUCCGAUAGGAAUCAUGUACUAUUUCGGCACCAACCUCGAUGACCGCUUCUCCGUUCCCAACUUCUGGCCCAAGCCUGAGGAGUGCAACCGCAUUCCCCACGAUCGCGAAGAGAUUCGCGCCGAGUACGACCGUAUCGUUGCGCGACAAAAGUUGAGGCAGGCUAAGAAGCUUGAAGAGGAGAAGCUUAGGGGAUCGCAACCACCGAAUAACGGAUCGGACUCUUGA